GUCUGUAACAACACAUUUAGUAUUAGUUUUCUAUACAAAAGUAUUUUAAAAUCUCUGUUCUACACCUGAAAUCAACCAAACAGUUAUUCAACUUUGCAGUUUUUGAAUACACUGGAAAAGUCCCCCUUUUGGCAAGAUAAUUUAUCUGCCUUGUUUUUGUUUUGUUUUUGUUUGAUUUUUAAUCUAAUUUCAAGUUCUGAGAAAGUUAAAGAAUAUUGGAAUAGUAUAUAUAGGUAAAGAAACUACACCUUAUAUAGUCCAAUGAUUUUUGGGGACUGGCUUAUAUUGUAAAUGACUACAGUACUUUUAUGGAAGUCGUAUGAUUUAUGAUAAAUUAUCAUUUUUUGCAACAGCUGGUGAGCUGAGCUUUGGUAACUCCCAGCAUAAUGGUAACAAAAACAAGGAUGCAAAAAAUGAAGAAAUGUAAAAAUUUCAUGAGCUUUUCUGGGCUAUAACUGUCAGAUACAAUGAAAGUUAUGAGGCUGUUCUUUUACUGCUUGCUGGAGACAAUUUAAGAAAAAGAGCAGAUUUACACUCCCAUUACCCCAGAAUAGACUGUAACAUCCUGGGAGGGAGGGGGAGAGAGUAUAAUACCCUCCCAGGAUAUUACAGUCUAUUCUUUGGUAGAGCAAAAUAGAAUUAUUAAAAACGCAAAUCUGAAGCACCUUUCCCCUUGAAGUUGGAGAGCGGCCCAGGUUUCCUAGGGGAGUUAAGGCAGUGCUGAGCCGGCCCGCCAGAAGGGAAGCAUGCCUUGGCAAAAGUGGGCACCAGGCUGUGGUUAUAUCAACUACAGGAAUGGGCUGAGCGAGGGAGAGCGGAGAGCCCCGAGGUGGGCUCCCUCCCAGUUGUUUCUCUCCCAGUGAGAGGACACCCCUCCCCGUCUCUUCCCAACUCCGUCAGAAACAAUCUGAGGGAAGUCAAAGUCUGAGGGAGGGCAAGAGAGAAGAGCGGGAACAGUUCCCAGUGAGGCACGUUGUAGCUUCCAGAGUGUCACUCCUGGCUCUGGCUUGUUCAGCGUCGCUGCCAAACAGGGGCAAGAUGGGCAGCCCCGGCUGCGAAGGGGCCCGUCGGUUAAGAGAGCCGGAGGGGUCUCCGCGGGCGGGCGGCGGCUGUGGGGUCCUGGAGGCUUAGACCCACGUUGCUCCGUCCUCUCUCUUGCGGGACUGAGCGAGACUCUUCCUCCCCUUUCUCUCUGUCUCUCUCUCUCUCUCGCGUGCCCGCGUUGCCUGCUUUUUUCCCUGGCACUCGUGGGGCGGGUGCGGAGUUCGCCUUUGCCGCUGUGCCUCCGGCUCCCGGUGGGGCGCGCACGGGGGAAGGGGAAACCAGGUCACCAGCGCCGCCGAGACAGGCCAACCGGCUUGGGAAGUGGGACUGACUCAGGUGUUGUCGGCUGUCAGAAGCGGAAGGCGAAAAGGGAAGGGAGGGCUUCCCCGAGCGGCCGAAUUAUUGCACCUCUCCUCGCAAUCAACAGAAGCCUCAGCCGGCGGAGAGAAAUUACGGCAGCGGCGGCGGCGGCCCGGCUUGAUCCCAGAUCAAGGAUUUUGUUGGCGGUGCUAAGAAGAGAAAACCCGUGAUCCCUGAAUCUGCAUUUAAACAGAUAUGGUUUCUGUCAUCCUCCAGCUGAUUGUUGCUUCUAGUUUACAAGCUUGUUAAAAGCAUGCAAGAAAUUUCAGUACUUCAGCUUUCUGAUCAAAGUGACACUGGAGAAGAAGAACAAUGAGAGUGACUACUAUUUGUUGAUUCUGAGCAGCAUGUCAGGGUACAUACCCAGUUACUUAGACAAGGACGAGCUGUGUGUUGUUUGUGGUGACAAAGCCACUGGGUAUCACUAUCGCUGCAUAACUUGUGAAGGUUGCAAGGGUUUUUUCCGAAGAACUAUUCAGAAAAAUCUUCACCCAACUUAUUCCUGUAAAUAUGAAGGAAAAUGUGUGAUAGACAAAGUCACAAGAAACCAGUGCCAGGAAUGUCGCUUCAAGAAAUGCAUCUAUGUUGGCAUGGCAACAGAUUUGGUGUUGGAUGACAGCAAGCGGCUAGCAAAAAGAAAACUGAUAGAGGAGAAUCGAGAGAAGAGACGACGGGAGGAGUUGCAGAAAACAAUUGGAAUAAAACCUGAGCCAACUGAUGAGGAGUGGGAGCUUAUUAAAAUUGUUACUGAAGCACAUAUGGCCACCAAUGCACAAGGAAGCCACUGGAAACAGAAAAGGAAAUUUCUGGGGAAGAUAAAUUUUCCUAGUUGGGCCAAGGAGACAACAUUAGCUUUAGGCUUUCAGCCAGAGGAUAUCGGACAAGCACCAAUAGUAAAUGCCCCAGAAGGUGGGAAAGUAGACUUAGAAGCCUUCAGCCAGUUUACAAAAAUUAUCACACCAGCAAUCACGAGAGUGGUGGAUUUUGCCAAAAAGUUGCCUAUGUUCUGUGAGCUGCCAUGUGAAGACCAGAUAAUCCUUCUGAAAGGCUGUUGCAUGGAGAUCAUGUCCCUCAGAGCAGCUGUCCGCUAUGAUCCUGAGAGUGAGACUUUAACACUAAAUGGAGAGAUGGCGGUGACAAGGGGCCAACUGAAAAAUGGGGGUCUUGGUGUAGUAUCAGAUGCCAUUUUUGACCUGGGCAUGUCGCUAUCAUCAUUUAAUCUUGAUGACACGGAAGUCGCCCUCCUUCAGGCUGUACUGCUGAUGUCUUCAGAUCGCCCGGGUCUUGUCAGCGUGGAGAGGAUAGAAAAAUGUCAAGAGGGCUUCCUUCUCGCAUUUGAACACUACAUUAAUUACAGAAAGCACCACAUUGCACACUUUUGGCCAAAACUGCUCAUGAAAGUGACGGACCUACGGAUGAUUGGAGCCUGUCACGCCAGCCGCUUCCUGCACAUGAAGGUGGAAUGCCCAACCGAACUCUUUCCCCCUCUGUUUCUGGAAGUUUUUGAGGACUGAAAAAAGACAGGAGAGAUUCACUGAAUUCUAAUAGCACUACUGGGUGUCAUUUCAUUCCAUUGCCUCGUGUUCUCCCCUUGGCCCAUUUUGUUCCCUUUUUUAUUUUUGGUUGGAGGAUUAUUUUUAAUAGGCAUGAAUGAAUAUGUCCCUUCAAUGCGGGUACUUGUGAUGAUUGCAUUUUUUUUCUGUGUGUGUCUGUGUGUGUGUUCUGUGUGUUUGUGUGGGCACAUGUUCUUUUCAGUCCUUGCGAUGUGAAUCCUUUGAGCAUUUGACAAUGAGAGUUUAAGUGAAUCGGUUUCAUCUACCAGCACUCAGGCAAUCACAAGCUCACAAUCAUUGUUGUUUGGAGAGAGGUGAGAGAAUAAGCUGAAGUGUCAGGAGAUGACUAGCUGAUCAGGUCCUUGUAUUUUUAAAUUCUGCCAUAUUUUUUACAGUGUUAGGUCAGUUUCAGGACAUGAGACUCUUUGCUGAAAUAUUCAUCACAAUCUAGUAAGUGUUAAGUCAUUCCCAAAUUAGAAGGACUUAAAAUGCAAUCCUAUACAUGUCUGCACAGAAGUCAGCCCUAUUGAGUUCACUGGGAUUUGCUCUCAAAUCCAUUUGUAUAGGGCUGCAGCCUUAGCCAUGCCUAACUUUAACUUGGUCAUACCAAGUAAAUAAUGUGUGGCUGCUCUUAAGGAAACAUAUUUCAGUUUAGCCAAAGCCUUCCACCACUGCCAUAACUACAUUAUUACUCUGCAAUGAGUCAGACAUUGUUAAUUCUUAUCAGCUCUUCUUAUAACCUGAUAAUUGACCAUUAUACGAAAACGUAGACAGCAUCCAUCAGUUGCUCCUGUUAUUUAUAUUUUACAUGGAGUGUAUAGGUAUGAGACAGGCCUACUAUAAGAAGUGACAUUCUGAUGCUAUAUAGUUCCAGGACUCCUAAAAUCAAUUUGACUUUGCCUAAAAAAACAGGAUGUGAGAUGUCACAUUCACCAUUCAAGCCUUCUGUUUUGUUUGUUUGCUUGCUUGCUUCUUCAUUUGUUGCAAUCUUGAUGGUGCUGGCCUCAGUCCAUUCAUCUCUUUUUGCUGUAACAGGCUCACUAAAAACUCCUUCCCAUAAAGACUGCUUCAUUCAUUUCCAUUGAAACAUCAGGCCCACAGGAGCACAAACAUCUAAACAGAUGUUUGUGUGCUUGUGUGUGCAAGUAUGUAAAGUGCUUUGCACAUUUCAGAUGGCUUCUGAGUUUGAGCAAUUUGCUUGAAAGGAAGACCACGAGUUUCCCUAACAACAACAUGAUCCUAGAAAAUAGGCAAAAGAAAUUGGAGUUGCCCCAAAAUAGAAAUGUACUACAGUGGGGUCUCGACUUACGAACUUAAUCCGUA